CCGGAAGAAGAGACUUACCACUGAACCAAUCCCACGAGAUACAUUUAGAUCAUUUUUUAUUGGAUAAUUAUUCCUUUUUUUUUUUUUUUUUUUUGAAAAAAUUUAUUUAUUACUUUGAUUUCACUAGAUUAAAAAAAUAAUACGCAAUCUCAAGCCAAAAUAACCUUUGAAGACCAUUUAACAACGACCCAAUGGGCAUGUAAAUGUCACGGUUUGUUUUCCAAAAAAGCUAACCACAAAACGGAAAAUAGCAGCAAUCCUCCUUUUAUCCCCCAUUUUUUUUUUCGUAGUUACUCUCUACACAAUCACAAUACUUUUUUGUUACCUUCCGUGUUUAAUUUUCUUCCAAGAAAACAAAAAAUGAAACUUUUGAAUUACCUAUGAACUUUUGAGUGGCUUCUUAGAGCUUCAAUUACAGUUUGAUGUUGAAGACAAGUUUGAGAAUUUUGAGCGCUUUUACAGGUAAGUCUUGAUGGGUUUUUGUUGUUUUUUUUAAUUGGAUUCUGAUUUGAUUAAACAUUAGGGUUUUUAUUUAUGUUGAGGAGGACGGGGUUAAUGGGAAUUUGAUUUUUGGGGAAAGGAUAAAUCAAUGAUCAGUAGCUGGACAGUAAAAAGGAUAAGCGAAAAAAGAAAAAGGAACUUAAAAUUUAUUGGUUUUUAUUUGGUGGAGGGGGUUUGGUUUUGUUAACUUGGGUGUUGAAAGAUUGAGAAUUCUGUGAUUUAGCGUUGAAAAGGUUGUUUUUUUUAGUAAUUUUUUAUGGGUUUUGUUAUUUGAUUCAAUAAUGAAGGAGGAAGCCUGAUUUUGCAAUUAUUUUCUUUUAUGAAGAGAAAAGAUACAAGGGUUUUAGGACUUAGGUUUUUUCUUUUCAAAGAGUACGAGUGCUGAUGAGAAUUAGUGGGAUUGUUUUUGGGGGAAAAAGAAUAACUGGUUGUUGUAUUGUUCUGGAUGGGGUAGAGGAAAUUUGGGAUUUGAAAUAUUAAGGUGCAAGGGAAGUACGUUUUUGUUGUUUUUUAUUUUAUUUUAAUUUUUUUUAGAAGUAGGCUUGGAUUUUUAGGGAUACUUUUGGGGUUUCUCAUUGUUGAGCUGAGUUUUUUUGGUCUUAUGGAUGAGAUUGAGGAUGAUGCUAGAUACCCUUCAAAUGCUUAUGGUGUUAGUCACCAGCAGGGUUAUGGUUCUUCGAAUAGCCAAAAGCUUCCUGUUAGAAAUGUUCCAGAUUCUAGACGGAUUGGGAAUCAAUAUGUUGAUGAUAAUGAAGAUGAGGAGGAGGAAGCAGAUGAGGAAGAUCUGGCAGAGGAAGAGGAAAAUCAUUAUCAAAAUAAUGGUGUUCGGUAUGUAGGAAAAGAUAUAGAUGAUGAUGAUGACAAUGAUGACGAUGACGAGCUGGAUGAUGAUGAUGAUGAAGGUGGUGAUAAGCAGAAAGGUUUUAAUCGAAAGAAUGAUGAUGCUGACUUGGAGAGGCAACCAAAAAAGAGGAAAUUGAAGAGUUUGGUGUCAAGUUAUGAAUUUGCUCCUCGAGUACUAGCACCAGCACUUGCAGGUCCAUCAGUGCCUAGACCUUCACAUGGUGGGAGGAAUUCUCUUACAGAUUGGACUGAGCAUGAGACAUUUGUUUUGCUAGAUGCGUGGGGUGACCAGUUUUUGCAAUGUGGGAGGAAGAGUCUUCGAUCUGAGGAAUGGCAAGAAGUUGCAGAGAAGGUUUCAGAGGUUUCAAAGAUUGAAAGGACUGACACCCAGUGUCGAAAUCGAUUGGAUACAUUGAAGAAGAAGUAUAAGAAGGAGAAAGUUAUGCUUGCAGAGACUGGUGCUACUGCUAGCAACUGGGUUUAUUUCAAGAAAAUGGAUAUGUUAAUGUCAACUCCUCCACAGCAGGGUGGGCUUUCUUGUGGAUUGGACUCAGGUGAGUAUGUGUUAAUGAACCCUACCUUUUAUUCUAGCCGUGCAAAUGGCUUGGAUGAAAUGAGGGAUAGUCCAGCAAAUUCAGAAUCUGCUGAUGGUGAGGAGGAUAUCUCAGAUGGCCUGCCACCUAAAAAGAGAAAAUUUGGGAGGCAAGGUCAUGAGGGUUCUUCGUUCAGAUUGCUUGCUGAUUCUAUUCAUAAAUUUAGCGAUAUAUAUGAAAAGAUUGAGAAUAGUAAAAGGCAGCAGAUGUUGGAAUUAGAGAAGAUGAGAAUGGAUUUUCAUAGAGAGUUGGAAAUGGAGAAGAGGCAGAUCAUGAAGAGAGUGCAGGCUGAAAUUGCAAAAAUGCAGCAGGGUGAUGAUGAGGAGAACGAUGUCUCCGCUGAGAAUGCUAGUGGGUGAUCCAUUUUUCCUCUACAAAAUUGCUCUUCACCAUUGAUCAAGCUUGAAAACGUGGAUUGUGUUAGAUAACAUCAUUUUUACAGGCAAGUGCUUUGUUGUUUCUCUCUUGCUUGUGCUGGUGAACAUAAGUUGUCUGGUUAUGUUAAGUGUAAACAUAAGAUGUAAUGGAGUGAUCUGACUUUUUCAACCGCAGAAAUUGCCCUUUAGUCCAUUUUUUGCUAGAUAGACACUAGAAAACAGUACCUGCAAAACUUGCCCUUUCGGUGUUUUACAUGUCAAAAGAAAAAGAAAAACAGAGGCCGAUAAGAAAGGCUGGGGGUUAGAUUUUUGAACCUGGAACAGGUGUUGAUUGAGACGGUAAGUAGAUCUCAUGAUUGGGUCAUGUCCUGGACUACACCUAAAGCUUUCUCAGUCUUACCUAGCUUAAAAUUGCUUUCAAUUAAUGUUUGUAUAAAUCAUUGAGAUAGGCUGUAAUCCGUUCUCCUUCAUCUCCUCAAAGAAUCAUGACGACGUCGCUUACUGAAACUGGAUACAAGUGCACUCUAGGUUACUUUAUCUGGUAAACUUUCACCAUCAUUACACAUCUCACUAUGGAUCUCAUGGACUUUUUCAUGGAGCCCUUCUUGCAUCAACAUCAAGAUUACAGUGUUCUAAGUAUUUGUUGGCUAACGACUGCCUUGUUCACCGUCUUAGCCUUGCUCGAUAUUCUCAAAAUUUCAGACACAAUUCAGCUGGACCGAUACAUACCCGUUAAUUUAUUUAAAAAAUAAAAAAAAAAUGUAAUUGUAAAAAGCAGUGGUAUAUGUAUGAUGGUUAAUAUCUAUGCUUGUGAAAUUAAAAAAAAAAUUAUUGAGAAAAUAUCAAACAAUUUCUUUAUAUGUAUGUC